UUCCGUAGUGCCUCCAAGCAUACCGGCUGGGUGCAGGACUCUGCAGCAAACUACGUCUUCGGCCGCUUUGGCACGGGGCUUCAAGCUGCUGAGAGUGCCUUGAGGAGUCUACCGCCCCACCGCAGGCUGCGCGUGCUCGAUGCAGGCUGUGGCAGUGGAGGGCAGCUCUUGGAAAUUUAUGCCCUCGCACAACGACAAGGGGUGCCCGUCUACCUCCGCGGCGUGACCGCCGAAACCAAUCCAGUUCCUGAUCAGCUGCGCGACAAGGUCGUUAACCUGCUGGCUCCUCCGGAGAAGGUCGUGGAGGAACCUCUCGCCGACGAUCUGGUGGACAUGAAGUUGUUUCAGGGCUUUCCCCUGGAGAACCUGAAGGAAGUCGACGCUGCUGAUUUUAUCCGGGAGGGAAUUGAGUUCGAUCUCAUCCUCUGUUCUUGGGGCCGUGCUGGAUCAGAGCCCACUUACAACAGGGUCUUCUCCUGGCCAACGGCGCCUACAUGCACUUCGAAGCACCGGGAAACGAGGAAGGCUCCAUACCUGCCUUCGAAGCCUUCUGCGAACGGCUCGCACCAGAGCUGCAGCUUUGUGUUGAGGGUGAACCAGUCUGCUACGUCGCAGAAGACCCAGACGACGAGUGGAGCGCCGGAGAGUACCUGGGCGGAUUUGCACUCAGCCUCGCUUGGCGCCACGGACGCCGAGGACGGCCUCAUUGUGAACUUGAAGCCAGACUCGGAAGAGAUUCUCGCUCCGGUACGUGUUUUCACCUCGGAGGCCCUCGCAGCAUCGAAGUCCCGGCCAGCAGUGGACGGCAACGGUAACUCCGCCUGCGGCAACUGCCAGACUGUGGCAUCAGGGCACCUCAAGUGGGUUCGCCUUGACCUGGGCAUGGCACGGACGGUGACGCAGGUGCGGCUGUACAACCCCCAGCAAGGUUGGAAUGUGCAUGUCGGAUCGACACCCUGGCCAGUACAGGGCGCAACCUACUUGUACGAAGCAACCACGGGGACGUGUAGCAGCGUCAGCAAAUGGGAGAUUUGGGACUUGGAGCUCUGCCAGCGGGCUGCGGACUUUCUCGGCCUUGAAGUCACCUCCGCCGCCUACGACGCCACAACAGGGGGCCUUCACGCUUGCGUGUACGACAGCUCUGCCAAGUCCGUGAAGAUUCGCUUCGGGGAUGCGCGCACGGCGGCUUCCUAUGCAGGAACGCUGAGCAGCGUCAGCGCAGUGGCUGCUGCUACUUUGUCGGGGACCCAAUCCCGAAUAUGUGGGCCACUGGCUCCUUUCACAAAGGUGGACACGGGCUUCUGCGAGGAUUAUGGCUACCAAGCAAUCCGCACUUCGGUUCACUGUGGUCUGGCGGCCCAGAGUCUGGGUAUCACGCUGGCAGCGCAUUCCUCGUCCGCUUCGGCAGUGGCUCCUGGAGGCUGCUACUAUUUCACGACCGACAGCAGCGUUCGGCUGAAUCAGGCGCAGUCUGCCAAAGGGAACGUGGCGGCCAGCACUUUACAGUUGCUUUGCCAGCUUCCGGGAGCGUGCUACGAGUUCUAUGUGACUUACGACGAUGCCAACAUGAUCGGAACGUCGUCGACGUCGCAGGACACCUGGGGCGAAUGUAUGAGCUCAUGUGCUGCAUCGUCGACAUGCGGCGUUUGGACCUAUGACAUCUCCAGCAAGGCCUGCAAGAUCUUCACUGCUGGAUCUGCAGGAACAGCAUCGACGGAUGCUAACCUGAUGUCUGGUCCACCCUUCUGCAAUGACAUGCCGGGCGCCGUUUGCCUCUCAGAUGUGGCGGCAGCAACAGGCUGGAGCAAUGCUACGUGCCAGUCGCCACUUGCUGGACGCUUCGUGGACAUUUGGACCCGAGAGGCCUCGAGCUCCAUGUCCGUCUGCGAGGUGGAGGUUUGGGGAGGCCUCGCCCCAAAGAUGCCGACAACCUUUCAGAUCGAUGCAGGUUGCACAGGGGCGAGUAUCUCCGGAAACUUCAUCUUGAACGCUGACUUGAAUGGCUACCCGGCGUACCACUACCCGCAGGAGUCUGUCUACGCCGCCUCCACGGGACUCGAGACGGCGACUUUCGCCUACGAAUCGGAGCUCGAGCGAUGGACACUGUCCACCACAAACGGGAACAUCUCUUACGCCUACACGGCCUCGACGCUCCCGGAAGCAGCGCUCAUCGUGCCUGCGGAGCUCAGCUCAUCCACAUGUCCGCAUCCUCGGAUCCGUGGGGACCCAGCCACUAGCUGCUCGUGGCGAUUUGGCUUCCUCCAGAAAGAGAGCAAGUACGAAUGUCAAGACGGGACGUUGUGUGACAACGACUGCUGCUCGAGCAGAGGAGGCCUCUACCGGUGCCCCUACAAUCUGCCGAUGAUGUGCGAGACUGCCACUUCCGGCGCAUACACCUGUGCAACCGAUUGUGCGGCCACCGGUGGCCCCCGGCUGUGUCAGGCGACAGAUUCCAGUGCGGCGACCUGCUUCGCUUCAGGAGUGAAUGGAAAGUCGUACACUACGACAAUGACGGUCAUGGAUGCGACAAGUGCCGAGGACUGCCAGAACCACUGCAAACGGAUGGGAGGCUGUGCUUACUUCUCAUACUACCCCACGUUGACGACCUCGAAUUGCAAGCUGCACGACUCCAUGGCGGUCCAGACCACGGAAGCAGGCACCACCUCGGGUCCAGCCACAUGCCUGGCCUCCGUCGCCACCGUCAACAACGUGAACCCAGACCAGAUCGGCUUCUUCCGUGUGUAUUACCAGUGUUCCGACGCGAUGGGCAGCUCUGUCGGAGCGUUGAGGACGGUCGAGGUUGGCUGCGAGGGCCCGAACCCAACCGGCAUCUACGGUGGCAACGUGGUGACCUGUGAAGUGGUUCAGAGUGGCCCUGCCGAAACGGAGGACUACCUGGCUUGCUUGAAGAUCUGCACAGCGGACACAGUAUGUGAAACCUACGAGUGGCUGGGUUUCACCGAUGCCAGCGGCGGCAACUGCACGACCUACUCCUCCUGCGAUGGGAAGUAUUCGUCCGACCUCAACAACAAUCGCUACGUUGGCUACUGCCAGCGGAUCAAUCACUUCCCAAAGAUCUUCGUCAUUGCGUCUGAUCGCACGGUGAAUGUUGGAACACUUAUGCUGAGGGGGCGGUCUACUGCACUGAUUACGAGGAUCCGUACCCGCCGGAUCCGACCACCGUCACCUCCUUCGACGUGA